CUACUUUCAAAAUUGUUAAUUACUUCUAUCGUUUCACAAACCGUUUGUGGAGAUUAUUUGGUUACAAUAACAAUAUGUUUGUCGUAAGAAUAGAAGGUUUUAUGGUGUUUUGUGUGUGUUUGGCAACUUUAUUAUCUUCUACAGACUGUACACGGAUAUUAGAAUGCAAUAUAGCUGCUUGCGAACAAUGUAGUGUGACACGACAGUUCAGCGUAGACGAAUGUUGUUCAAACGCAGAACUUCAAAGUGUUUGUGAAAAGUGUGAAGGAAUUUCUGAAACUCUAGGACAACUGUCAGAUUGUCUUGCCUCCUUCGCUGGUUUGAGACCGAAACGACGAGGAAUGAUUGGCAAACGUAGAGGAUUUUUGGGUUGAUAAUGAUAUGCAAUACAAUUCGGAGUUAAUUACAUGCUAAAAUAAAAUAAAAAACAGAUAAUCAAACAAACACAAUCGUCAUUUAAUAGAGAAAAAAAGAACUUUGAAAAAUGACUAUUUGAAAUGUAAAAUACGCAAUAACUUUUGAUUUUGAAUAUAUCUAUACUACUGAUGAUAAUUAUGAUAAUGAAAGUGUUGGUCUAUGGUUUACAUUUGACGGUCAAUUUUGUUUUGCGUUGAAUACAGCAACCCACUCUUUGGAAUAGUAUUAUGAUCUUAGCGAAGGAGUAAUAGUUAGACAGAGUAUGGAAGUAACAAAAGAUAACUAUUCACCGCUGAAUUAUUAUAAUAUUAUUAUUAUUUCAUCGGGU